AUGGAUAAUAGAAUCGGCACGGACUCCGGUUCAACUGUCGUACAGGGUGCAUCAAGUCGGAUUGAGCUUCAUCCUGUUAGGCGUGUCUACUGCCGUCAGAAUGCUGUUCGAGCAGUGCGUUUCAACACUGAUGGUCAGUAUUGUCUUACAGCUGGAGGCAAUCGAAGUAUUCGACUGUGGAACCCGGUAGUAGGUCGAUUGUUGAAGACUUACGUUGGACAUGGAGGCGAGGUCACGGAUGUCCAGGCCUCUAGCGACAACAGCCAACUGGGCUCGGGUGGGACAGACAAUCUUGUGGUUCUCUGGGAUGUUGCCUCGGGUCAAACCCUACGUCGAUGGCGUAAACAUGUGGGUCGUGUCAAUGCUGUUCGAUUUGCUGGCCCAUCUCCGGCCGAGGGUGAAUUAGCUCCCUCUUCCAGCCUCCUUCUCCUCUCUGUUGGGGUAGAUGGCAUGCUUCUCGCCUGGGAUGCGCGUGCUCGCACACAGUAUCCCAUACAGACUAUGCACGAAGCAAAGGAUAGCGUCAACUGUCUUGCUGUUCGUCGUUGGCAAUUAAUCACUGGUUCAGUGGACCGGUGUGUUCGUGUUUACGACAUACGGAAAGGCGUAAUGAUUGAGGAUUACAUCGGUUACCCCGUCACCUCAGUGGGCUUGUCCUUUGACGGUCAAUGCCUUCUAGUGGCAUCACAGGACUCCGUGGUUAGACUCUUUGACCACGCCAAUGGUGAAUUGCUCAACAGAUUCACUGGUCACAAGAACAAGGAUUUCAGACUGAGGCUUAGCCACUCGGAUCCCAGUGGUUUGAGGCUGGCUGGCUGUGCAUCUGGUGCGGUCUACGAGAGGCAAGCUUUGUCCAAUUUUAGGAUUGAUUGCUGUUUCCUCAAUGAAGAUGCACGGAUAGCCAGUGGAUCAGAGGAGGGUUGUUGCGUGAUGUUAUGGGAUGUGUUAGAGGGUGGAGCUGCUUCUUCCCGUCUGGAUCAUUCGGCAAAACCCUCGUCACCUGCAUGGUCUUCAAGCAUCGGAGAGACUACGGAGGAAACAAAGAAGGCAACCCCUAUACCUCUUGUCCAUUCCCUCUCACCCCACCCUACCAAAAGUGCUCUUCUCACUGCUGGUGGCGACUUCUUCUGGUUGUGGGACGAUACUGCCAAUGAUAGUGGGUAG